AUGAUGUCUUUCAAAGUUCUCUCUCUGCUCCUUGCUUCUCUGGGCUUUGUUUUGAUGGAAGAAAACGUCUCAGGGACUCCCAGUGCCAGACCAGUGCAAAGACGCUACUCUGAGGCCACCCUGGCAAGCGAUUACAGCCGCACGAUGGAUAACAUGCUGAAGAAGAACUUUGUGGAAUGGUUGCUAGCCAGACGGGAGAAGAAAAGCGACAACAUCAUGGAGCCAUACAAGAGGGAAGCUGAGCCCCAAGUAUCAGCUGCCAAUGGCCAAAGAUUGGACCUGGGCACCCAGGAAGCCAAAGACUUCUUCGCCUGGCUUCUGAAAGCCAAGAAAAAUCAGAGUUUUACUUCCCUGGAAGGUUCAGAAGGUUUGAAGGAUGUUUUGAACCAGGAGUUUCUGACAUGGCUGAUGUCGAAUGAUCUCUGCAGACCAACGUGA